UGUUCCCGGAUGCUAUCCGGGAGUCUGCCAUGUUGAGAUGACCUCCCGUGCCAGAUCGAUGAGCGACUCCCAGACUCUAAAAGACGAUGUGCUGGCUAAUGGAGUGGGUCACGAAGGUGCCUCUGUUAGAGGAGAUUCUAGCGAGAAGAAGAUGAGCACGCUGUCACGUCUCUUGCGUCCAUGGAAAUGGCGACGUAAAAAGAAAAGCAAACAAUUUGUAGACACGUCGACUAAGUUGGAGCGCAAACUGUCGGUUCGGUCACAACGUCAAGAUCUGAUACGACGCGGCCUUCUCAAACCAGAAGACGCACCAGUCGAUCUCGUCGUCGUCGAUACAAGAUAUGUCGCUACUGGGAAAUCUAAGCAGCCUCCAGUUCCACCGGCAAAACCAGCCAGGUCGCGGGGCACGACCGAGUUGCUAUCGAGGAGCGGAGCGGGCGCUGACAAGCAAAGAGCUGCGAGCGACAGCGACAUUCGCAGCUCAUUGAAUGGUGCUGCAACAGAACGAGGAGUUCGGUUUGGUGCAUCGUCACAAAUUGGAGAAGAACAUCGCAGUGGAUCAUCUCAGUUAGGAAGACGACCAUUUCCCACACCUGUUCUUCCUGGCUCUCCCAAAAAGUUGACACUGAACGCAGACGUAGGACCGUUGACUGUGCAGCGGCAACACACAAGCACGGAACAAGAAACUGGGCGUUCUCCCGGAAAGGAGAAUGUUGAGAUCGAAGAUGAUGAAGAGGAUGAGGAGGAUGUGCCACAGAGUGGUCUUCUCGCUAAAGUUCAGAGGAAGGAUAGUCUUGCCAGGCACUUGGAAGGGAAGAAAACUAGAGCCCCUCCACCAGAACGUCCAUCUGAAAUAUCAGAAGAAGAAAGAGGACAUCGACAUGAAGUGACCGUGAAACUCACACGGCAACUGAGUCAGAGACCCACAGCUCAAGAAUUACGUGAAAGAGGGAUUCUAAGAACACGUACAAGUCGUGAAGUAGCUGAGGACAUGGAAGAAAAGAAGCGAACUUUAAAUAGAAAGUUAACUCGUCGACCUACUGUGAAAGAGCUCAGGGACAAGAAAAUUCUGAUUAGAUUUGCUGACUAUGCAGAAGUGGUUGAUGCUGAUGAAUACGAUAGACGAGCGGACAAGCCAUGGACUAAACUAAGACCAUCUGACAAAGCUGCAAUUCGGAAAGAGUUGAAUGAUUUUAAGAGUACAGAAAUGGAAGUACAUCCAGAGAGUGCAUAUAUGACACGGUUUCAUAAGCCGUAGCUAGCACAGAGAGAAAUGAGUGUCGAGGUUUUGUAAAGUAGAUGUGACUGACCUGUACAUGGUCAAUUUUUAUUGCUAUGUCGUAUUAAUUUCAUUCAAUAAAAGACUACUUAGUAUCCAUG